GCCACAAAUUGCAGCUAUUCGUAAAGGUAUGUAUUAAAAAAUGCAUUGGAGCACAUUUUCGUGUGAAAUGUAGCUAUACAACUAUUGCACUACCUAAAGCAACGGUGAUUCAAUGAACUUGCCGGAUAUAAAUGAAACAUCACACAAAUGCAGUAGACUAUAAAUAGUGUGCACGGCAUUGAUCUUAUAGCCACCACAAACAAAUAUGCUUAGCAUGAGCCUAUUGAAUGUGUCUGAUGAAUCUGACAACUUGUCCAAUAAGACAUGCGAAGAAUCAAGGUCAUUAUAGACUCAUUACGUACGGUAAAAAUUAUUGUAUCCGUUUUGCCGCUGCAUGUACAAUGAAGCUCAACGCACGGGGUGAAUGCUCUAUGAGCAUCUUGAUAUAGGUCAGUUUCAACAACUUUUCGUGAUCAAAGCUUUUCAUACAUUUUUGAGACGAUGCACAGCUUAAACCUUUCAGUUUUGCCACAAAUUGCAGCUAUUCGUAAAGGUAUGUAUUAAAAAAUGCAUUGGAGCACAUUUUCGCGUGAAAUGUAGCUAUACAACUAUUGCACUACCUAAAGCAACGGUGAUUCAACAACUUGCCGGAUAUAAAUGAAACAUCACACAAAUGCAGUAGACUAUAUAUAAGUGUGCACGGCAUUGAUCUUAUAGCCACCACAAACAAAUAUGCUUAGCAUGAGCCUAUUGAAUGUGUCUGAUGAAUCUGACAACUUGUCCAGGACAUGCGAAGAAUCAAGGUUAUAUGGAUUGGAGUAUUCUAAUAGGAAUUUGGAAACUGUUUUACGUUAUAUACUGAUUGGAUUCCUUGGUCUACAGCUACCAAUCGCUCUAAUUCUCAAUGCAUUUAUGAUAUUUCUGAUCCUAAAGUUCAGGCAUCUUCGUAACAUAACAUUCUUCCUUGCACUGCAACUACUAUUAAUUGAUUUGCUGUACACCGUUUUCAGUACACCAAUCACGAUUAUCAGUGCUGCUUCAGGAAAAUGGGUUAUGGGUUUACCAUUUUGCAGUCUUACUGGUUUUUUACUAACAAUUGAUUGGCAAAUGAGGAGCAUACUUAUGUUCGUUAUUGUUUGUGAUCGCUUUUGCACAGUUUUCAUGCCUUUCAAGUAUCCACGAAUUCGUCGAAAAGUGAUCAUACCGCUUAACAUUAGUGCUGUACUAGUAACAGUCAUUACUGCCUUGAUACCUGUAGCACUAGACUGUACGGACUUUAAUCGGAUUGCUUGGUACUGCACACCUCAGAACGGAUGUAAAAAUCCUGACGCUUGUCAAUUAGUCUUGAUAGUACUUGGACCACUUUCCAAUGUGAUUGGAAGCUAUGUUCCGUUAGUGAUGUACAUUAUUAUGUUCAUCAAAGCUAGAAAAACACAGAAUCAAAUUUCAAGUGGGACUUUGGAGUCGGAAGAGUUCUUGAUCAGGAAAAAAAAGGAGAGAAAAGCAAACGUAACUUUCUUGCUUUUGUUUCUCGCAUUGUUUGGGGUGACGGCUGUACCAUUUCUUUUCUAUAUCACUUCUGGUCCAUUUAUUGGGGAGCAAACUUUAGAUGCUUAUAUAUUGCCGAGGUAUAUCUUUCGACUGGUGUUCUCUCUCCUCCCAAUUGUCGAUCCUAUUGCUAUCAUGAGAAACCAAGAAGUGAGGAAAGCAUUGAAGCUUCUGAGAAAUAUGUUCAAAUAACGUGCGAUUAUAAAGAAGAGUU